GCUCGAAGCUACAGCAGCUCCAUCACAGCCACCCAGACCUGGACAAGAGCACUGCACCUGGGUGCGCCGCGUUUGGCUUCGGAGAGCGUAGUUUGCCGGAACGGCGUCGUGGCUGCGGCCACGCGUGCGGGCGUCUGGGCUCGCGCUGCGGCCUUGUUGGCGGCACUUUGCAACGAGGUCGAGCCCAACAUCGUCAGCUUCGGCGGGGCCGUAGGCCCCUGGCCUCAUGCCGCAGCGCUGGCUGUUGCGGCCACCUCGGUCGGGCUCCGUCCCACCGUGGUGCUUUACAACAGCAUCGCGAAUGCCUGCGGCGAGGAUGGUCGCUGGAGCGCAGCUCUUCUGGCUCUGCAGGACAUGAUUCAAGUAUCCACCACACCCACCAUCGUCACCUACAACUGCCUCAUCCGAGCCAGUGCACAGCAGGGGCUGUGGCAGCAUUCCCUGGAGAUUCUGCAGGCUCGGCUGAGAGUGGCCCCGCAUACCGACAUGAUCAGCUUUAACUCGGCCAUUGCGGCUCUCUCCGAGAUCUACGAUUGGCCUCGGGCCUUGGACCUACUCCAGCGCAUGCAGAAGAGGAAGCUCCUCCCAGACACGGUCACCUACAACUCAGUGCUCAACAUUUGCGCACAGGCAGGCGAAUGGAUGGCUGCAGUCGCUGUGUUUGACCGUCUGACGCUGGCAGAUGUGCAGCCGAAUGAGAUCAGCUACAGCAGCCUCCUCAGCGCCUGCGAUAAGGGCAGUCGCUGGCAGCUGGCUCUCAGUGUGCUUCGAGCCUUGCGGCUGGGCGAGGUGCUGCCAGGAAUCAUGAGCUUCAACAGUGCUGUCAAUGCCUGUGGCCGCGGAGGAUUAGAGAUGCAUGCUGUCGGAUCCUUGUGGGUGCGACAGCUACGCUUUACCAGACCAGCUGAAUCUGAGCGGUGGUGGGGCACAACCCUUCCGCUUCAACAGCUACGGCACACGUUGCCACGCGGGUUGGGCAACACGCAUGAGAAACUGGAGCUUCAAGCUACAUCUGCUGGUGAGCUCGAGAAGCUCGCUGUACAUCCGCGUGAUAAAGUCGACGAAGUCGGCAGAAAGAACAUGCAGCUUCGAAUUGUUCUGAAAAGUACUCCGUGGCCCAAGCUGAUGUGUUUUGAAGCAAAGGGCCAUGUGUAUGAUCUGCCGCUUCCGGUGCUACGACAGGCAAGUGCAAGUUCGGACAAAGUCGAAGAUGCUACUGUUCGAUUUCUGGCUGGUUUCUUCGAUGGGGAUGGCUGUGUUUCUUGCCAAAUGUGCUUGUCGGGAUGCCGGUUAGCAAUAGACCAAAGCUUUGAUCGGGCGGAGAUCUUGAUGCUCUUCCGCAAAUCGUUGGGUGGCAGCAUCACUUCAAACAAGGAUGGGCUUGGUUUGUGCAAGCCUGUUCUUCGCUGGCAAGUAUGUGGAGAGCUGGCCAGAAGGGCUGCCCGGCUGAUGGCGCCACACAGCAUCACAAAGCAGAAGCAGCUCCUCCUCGCGGCUGAGUGGCCGGAAGCACAAUCCUGCAGAGAGAAGUGUUAUUCUGAGCUGCGGUCGUUGAAAACGUAUGACUCUGCAGUUGCCGGAACAUGCAGUUGGGAGUAUGUUGCAGGUUUCUUCGAUGCAGAGGGUUGGAUUGGUCAGCCGCGUGGGGGAGUAUCGAUUGUUCUGGUCAUCACGCAGAAGCACCCUUCAGUCUUAGAGUGCCUUCGCAGUUUCUUGGAGCGAAGUGCAAAUACACCAAUUCCGAAAGUCCGUUCUGGGCCGCACGCACACGUUCUGCGGAUUUGUGGCCUUCUUGUUUGCAAGCAAGUACUGCACGAAAUGCUGAAGGCAGGUCUACUUGGCAAAGCAAAGCAGGCAAGCGUGGCGACCAGCCUGACCGAACAAAAUGCAGCGAGCAGAAGUGCUGAGCUGGCAGACCUGACUGGAAAUCAACGUUUCGGAAACCGACUGGACACCGCUGGACGGGAGAGGGCUCGUGAGAUUCAAAAGGCACGUGCGCGGGCUGCACGCUGCAGUCGUCGAGGGCAGGAACAACAGGCUGAGGCCCAGCUGAACGAGAUUGAGGUAUUGCAGCAUGAGCACGAGCUUCUGAAUGCACGAUUGGAGAACCAGCGGUUGCUUGACUACGUCUACAAUAUUCGCAAAGCUCGGGUGGCCGCUCAACGAGGCUCAAAAUAG